AACAAGUUUGAAUUCGUCCACACCUUCUCACAAUCUCUGUCAACGCAUGUAGAACGAACAAAGAAAGCUGCCCAAACAAAAAAAAAAAAAAAAAAAAUCUCUCUCUCAUGGAAGUCCUUUCUCUCAUCAUCACCAUCUGCCCAACUCACUAAGAAGAAAAAAUGGAGGAAUAAGUAUACGAUAUGCUUAUUUUACAUGUUUGAUCUUCUUUAUCGUGGACGCUCUCAGUGCACAUACCAAUGCCUGUAAAAGAUCCUCGGGCCGGACAUGCGUUCAUAUGGCUCGUUGCUUCGUUUUUGUUCAUCUGCAUCGCCAUCGGAGGCGGUUGCCUUAUGACGUACAUGGUUUUACCACAUAGUGACACACAAUCUUGGCUUCUCGCUGCCGGGAUCACCCUGGUUUGCCUUCCUUGGUUGUUUUGGUUUCUAACUUUUGUGUAUCGAGUAAUUUCUAGGGUUUGUGGACUUCGAGUCGGAAUUGGAAAAACCGGUGUUGGUGGUGAUGGUGUUGAUGAUACAAGAGAGAAUAGUAAUAAUAAUAAUGUGGUAGAUGAUGAGAAUAUUGCGCCUGUCGAUCCGGCGCCUGUAGGGUCCAUGGGAAAUGGUCCUACUCAAGCGCAAUAUCAAGGGGUGGCAGCAGCAAUGGCGGGCAGCAACCAAGAUGGUCAUGACCAUGGAAGGAAAGGUGGGAAGCAUAGUAGGUCAUCAAGCAAUUCCAGCACGGUAUCACAUGAGAGUGAAAUGCCAUUGGCCUUAUCAAUGGCAUCUUGAAAGACAAUGUUGGAUAAUGUUAUGGCAAUUUUUGGGUUUCUGGUUUCAAUGCAAUUAAGGAUCUUGUAACUGGUUCUAUAUGAGGAAAUUAAUCUAUCGAAGUUGAUGAUCA